AUGCCCCCACGCAAACCCUCACAGCAAGCACGACGAACGUCCAACAAGAAAAGGGCAAGUGUUUCUAUUGAACCACCGCGACCCAAGAAAAAUUCCAACACUAACGCAUCAGGUCGCGACAUUGGGACCCAACUUGGUCUCCCUGAAGAUCGGCCAGAGACGCCUGAAUUUCUACGCCGCACAUCGAUGGCUACACAUGCAGGCUUCGACCAUUACAAUUAUCCCCCUCCACAGCUUGACGGUUACCCUCCACAACCCCAAGGGCCUCAAGAGCCCGAGUUCUACUAUCAUCAUUACGACCAUCCCCCUCCGCAGCCCCAAGGGCCUCAAGAGCCCGAGUUCUACUAUCAUCAUUACGACCAUCCCCCUCCACAGCUUGACGGUUACCCUCCGCAGCCCCAAGGGUCUCAAGAGCCCGAGUUCCACCAUCAUCAUUAUGACCAUCCCCCUCCACAGCUUGACGGUUACCCUCCACAGCCCCAAGGGCCUCAAGAGCCCGAGUUCUACCCUCAGCAUUACAACCAUCCUCCCGAUGAGCAGUUGGACGCACCUCAAUACCACAACCUUGUUUCAUUUGGAGGCUCCGGGGUGCCACGUUAUACACGAUGGGAUAUCGGAAAUGCCACCGCACCACUGAGCCCAACGCCAGCACCAGCACCAGCACCAGCACCAGGGCUGGUGGUGGUCAGUGUGGUUUUGCCUCGCGAGCGGGAGACAGAACGCGGUGAAUUCAGCCGUGGUGCGCUACAGACGGAGCAUUCAGUCGGUCGAUCGCGUGCCAUUGAACGUCACCUGCCUCCUACACCAACGCCCAGACCAGCACCUGGACCAGCACCUGGACCAGAACAGGCAACACCACCCUCUACAGCCGCUCCCCCACUCAAACUCAAAAAGAAGGAUAUCCAGGCCAUCAAGACCAAGGCAAAAACCAUUCUCCGUCGCAUCAUGCUGCGCACGGAGGGUGUUUCGCCAACGCAAAAGAAACGAGACAAACACAUUUCGAACGCCUUGCAGGACGUGAGGAUUGACGUGGUCGGAGAUGUUCCAUACGAAACGUUCGAGACUCCCAGAGUCCACGACGAGAUGGUUCAAGACGCGCUCCAUUUGCGCCUCCCGCCCGCAGAGAGGGCCAUCGCAGUCAAGGCUCACCUUUCCGGGCUCAAAUUCCUCCAUAAAGUCGAAAUCGUUGACGGAGUCGAGGUCACGCGUUUUUUCGAGGCCGAGUAUCUCGUCAACAUGAUCGUGGACAUGAUAUGGCAACAAGACCUAUAUCACAACAUCGAUCUAGAGAAACUCGACUGCGUAUUUGGUCUCGCAGGCGCCGCAGUUCACAACGCUCUCAAGGCAUUUCGUGAAGGCACGUACGAAAACGUCGAAGCGUCCACUGAUCAGUUUUAUGACACCUACAACUUGAUCAUGGCGUUGAUCGACGAGAUACGACUUGACGAUACGUUGAGAGAGCGCUACGAGUCUUUGUGCAAUAUCAUCAUCGCUCGCAGACAGGCAGACUUGGGAUUGUAG